CGCCGCCCCGUUGCCGUGGUGCCGCGGCCCGGCCGCCAUCAUGGCGGAGCCCAGCGCGGCGGAGCGCCGCUGGCUGCAGGCUGCCGAGGACUUCGCCCGCAGAGCGCUCCCAACCCGACAGGGGUCGGGCGGCGCGGAGCCGCCGCCAUCACCAGAGCUGGCCGCGGUGCUGCGGUGCCUGAGGAGAGCGGGGUGCGGGGAGCUGCCGCUCGGCUACAGUUUCAUCUCCAUCUCUGACCUAAAAAGUCAGCAGUGCAUGCCAUGCUGCAGCCACCUGACCUGGAGCACUAAUGAAUUUAAAGAGUGGGCUCAUCAAGGACAAGGUGCUCUACCCACGCACAGCUCUUUGCCAAGGGCUUACCUGAUCUUGGUUGGCUAUUUAACAGAUGGAAGGCAAGAGGACAAAGAGAAGUUGGUAGAUGGUUGCCUAUAUGUGAAAGACAAUACUGGGAUAAUUCCUUGUGAGCUCCUGCAUUUUGAACUCGAGUGGCUGGAGUCGCUGUUCCUCUUCCCAAGCUGGGCAUACAUACUGCAGACAGACCAGGGUGCAGCAGGGUACAUAGAAAUCCUGUUGGAUCCCAUACCAGUAAAUCUCCUCCCGAAGAAAGUACCUGACAGCACUGCAGUCAUCUACCCGGCAUCAGCUGAGCCACUGCUUGCCUCCAGGAUUCCAUGUAAGAAAAGACCAAAGCUCAACGUGGCAGGUGAAUUGGCCAGGCUCAGCCCUCUCCUUUGUAUUCACCGGAAGACAUUCUUCUUCCUCUUUCUGAAGUGCUUCACCUCAGCUGUUAGGGUCCCUGUGCUGGUGCAGAAGCCCAGCCAGCUGGCAUGGCGCCAUACUCUCCAGUUGGGUCGCAGGUACACAAUAACAGGCCUGAGUAUGUCCAGCCUGAAGAAAUCUGGGCAAAGGAUGUUUGUCACUGGUGUUUCUUCCUGCCUUCUGCCUUACUGUGCAGAGCAGGUGAAGGAGCAGUCAUUGGACAGCGCUUGGCAAGGAGAAUCCACUCUGUCUGCUUCCCUUGGAACCACAGAGCAGCUCAAUGACUCCUUAGAAUUGAGAGUUGAAGAAAAAAGGCUAGGAUCAACCAAAGAGUCUAAGAUGAUCUCAUAUGUGGGAACCAUCACCAAAAUACUUAAUGCCCAAGCUGGUCUCUAUGAACUUGAUAACAAAGUCUGCUUGUGCCUUGCUUACCAGCAGUUGUUGAACUCUGCGCGUGGACUGCGACCAGGAGCAUGUGUGGAGCUCAUCGAUGUCCACCUCAUACAGAAGCCUGUGGUGUCCUCUCCUUCCAUUGUACUUGGUGCUUGCCUGAACAGCACUGUCACGCUGAAGAGUUUCUCAAGGCUCAGCACCCCCUACCAGCCACCGGCCACUUCAGGAAAUCUCUACUUACAGCUGCUCUUCCGCUAUAAUCUUGAUAUGCCAUGCUACCUCUGGCUGGUGAGCCUCCUGGAGACGUUUGAGGAGAGGUUUUCUUGUUUCUUUGGGCACCAGCAACUGUUGCGUAGCUCAGUACACCAAAACCCUGGAGCUGCAGAGAAGUUCCUUGUUCCCCUUCUGCAAGCUGUGGUACCUGGCCGAGAGGAAACAAGAGAUAUCUAUAAUGAAAUCCUGGCAAAAACACACCAGUGUCUGCUGCAGAAGUAUUUGACCCUGGAUCCCCCAUGCCAGAUCCCACCUCUGUCAGCACUGCGUCGUGUGGCAGAACAGAAGAGCUGGGAAGGCUUCUGUCCUUCGCAGCUGCUCUCCCCCUUGGAGGCACAACACAUGGGCACCCAGGAGCUGAAUCGCAGGCUGGCCUGGUCCUACUGCACACUCUGGGCAGGAAGUUUCCAGCCCCGAGCGAUAGUACAAGGUGUGCUGAGGGUCUCCUCCAGGAGCAGUUUGCUCCAGCUGCAGGACAACAGCAGCAGACUUCCCUGUGUGAUAUCCCACAGGGAUGGGAGCCCCUUUGCCAAUGCAGCUCUCAUAGGAUCGCUCUUGCAGGUGGAGAACUAUCAGCUUGUAGUGGAAAGAUUCAUUCAGAGUGAUUUUCCCUCCUGGGAGCAGCUGACAAAUCCAGAGUAUGUGAGGGAGAAAAAAAGCAGUGUCUAUGUGCAGUUCUACUUCGAGGAUGUUCAGGUUCUCCGUGCUGCGGAAGGACAAAUCCAGAAAGAUCAUAGGGGUGAAAACAGCACCUCUUUGAGGAAAAGGAAUGAUGGCAGCUCAGCAUCUGAGCUGGAAACCCCACAGGCAAAAAUGCUGAAACUGGAAGAUCCCAAGCCGGAUCCCGACAGAGAUGAGAGCUGUCAGAAGGGCCUGAGCAGCGCUGGAAGAACCAGCUGUGUAUCUCACCUAUUCUUGGUUACCCAGAAAGAGGGUCUUAUGUUGCGCAAUUACCAACGACCCAGAGAAGGAGGUGAAGAAGGACAAGAGCUACAGUGUAGUUUUCAAGCCACGGUUGUGUGGCUGGGCAGACCUGUGCUGUGGAACCACCCCAGAGAGAUUGGGAACCUACCGGCUCUGGAGGAGAUCAGCUAUGAUGGAGAAGAGGGCACGAAACGGCAAGAAGCGCUACUGCUCUUUAUGGGGAAGUCGCUGCGAUGGUUUCCAUUUCUGCACCUGGAUGGGCUGUAUCGUUUCAUCGUGCCCCGCUGCUCGGACUUGGAAGUGUUUGACAAGCUCAGAUUUCCACCUGUGCCUGCAGAGUUUUUGGGCAGGUCAUCCUGCCCCUUAUGCCUGCCUGUCCAAGAUACCUGGCACUUACAGCAUGAGACUUGGCUCUCCAGCCCAGCCGAGCGCCAGCUGGCAGCCAGGGCAGUGCUGACGGGCAUGGACCAGAGAAUUUCCUCCAUUCCAGAAAUACUUAGCAACAGUUUCAGAUGUUCCCUUGUUUCUUUCUCUGGUGAGAUAGUGGAGAGGAUCUUGUGUGCCUCUCCUAAGAAUGAGAAGCCUUCUGUGACUCUCAGCCUUCUCAAGCAGAAAGGGAGUCUGCUAGCCAGCGAUCACAGCGUGAAGCUCAGCAUCUCAGUUGCUCCAGGCUCCCCUGUUGUGCUGGACGUUUACAUUGCUGCGACCUAUAUGCAGCAUCUGUGGGGUUUGCUUCCUGGAGCCAAGAUCCUCUUUCAGAACUUGGAACGCAAAAUCUCCAGAUUCCACAAUGUUUAUUGCACGUACAUUGCCUCCAGCUGUGUGACCGUCCUCUCUCUGCCAGCUUCUCACCUACUUCUUCCUUCCAGUCCUGCAGGGAAAGCCUCGUCCCCCUCACUAGUGUUUCUGUCCAACUUGCAACUUCAUCUACAAAACCUGCCCCAGGCACGGAUUUUAUGCCACUUGUCCUGUGUGUUGACCCUGUCCCUGCAGUGGGUUUGCUCACUUUGCAGCAGCGUCUUCAAAGAGGGGAAGUGCACCCGACACAGUCCACCCUGCCCAUCACACACUGGAGUGAGGCAAGCCAGUGCACGGGUGCUGGUGGAGGACGGGACGGGCGAAGCUUUGGUGCUGUUCAGGAACCAGCACGUGGCGGCGAUGCUGGGCUUGAGCCUUCUUGACUGGGAAGCCGUGCAGAGCUGCGUGCAGAGCAGGGGCAGAGUGUCCAUUCAGUACGGGGAAGCUACUGGGACUGGGUGUGCAGAGGAUCCCGAGGAUCCCCUUGCUUGCUACCUGAGGAGCCUUUGCAGGAGUCCUCUCAUCUGUCGCCCCAUCCUGCUGGAUUUCAGCCUAGACAGGAAGCCCUCCAAGAUCCUGCAGCCUGCUCCACUGCAGCUGAGGAAUUUUCGGAGUGGUGAAGUGGAGUUUGUGUCACAAACGGGGCCUCGACAGAGCCUGUUGUGCCUGAACGUGGAAGAAGUGGAACAAAAAGCCUUGUGCUAUCUGACCAGAGAGAGGAUUGGGAGGGCGCCAAGUCACUGCUAAGCAGGAGCCACGGCUUAACAUCUCCCCCAGUGGGAGGUGAAUUAUGGAAAUACCUCCUGGAAUUAGGAGCUUUAUUCUUUGCCCCUUUCCAGUGGGAGCACAGGCUGGCGAGCACAGCAUGAAGGGUGUAAUCAAGAAGCUGCUGUGACUUGCACAAUUCUUGAGUUCUGGACCAUUGCCACCAGCCAUUUUGGACUACGCUUUGAGGGAAAGGUGUUCGGCAUCUCCUGUUCUGGGCCUAAGGCACACAAUGUGUGUAUCUUACGUGGUAGUAUCUACUAAAUAAAGCUAUUAAAAUACAGUUUAAA